GUUUUGCAUGGUAGAAGGUAGGCAGCAACUAAGAAACUUCAUUUGAAAAGUUAUGCCACUUUUUCAUAUUAUAACAGGGCAUUUUGUUAGUUGUUAUGAACAAAAGAUGGUAUUGCACUGAUAAAAAUCAAGCUGUAAAGAGAUAAAUUUGAAAAUUUUAAGACGUCACCAACUUAGCCUAAAAAUAAAAAUGUCAGAUAUGAAAAUUCCAACACGACCAGCACCUGAACCUCCAUGUUCAAAAAUGCCAAAACAAAAAAGUUUAAGACAUGUGACUGCAGCUUCAGAAGUUAGAGACACCUGUUUUGAACGUUUUAAACUAGCUCGAUCUCAAUCAGCUGGAAAGUUGGGGGAAACUAAAAAACCACCUCCUCGGCCGCCACCUCCAUUAAAAGUCGUUACAAGCUUGAAAUCCACUCCGUCUUCACGACAGCCAAGCCAGUUGCUCUAUGGCUUGCUCGGACGCAGCAAAGGCAGCAAUAAGGUGCCGAAGAGCCACUCCAGUACAAUGUUGUCAGAACCUGCAUCAUGUGGACUCCUGAUAGACCUGAGCUCUCCCCCAGCCUCCCCUACUCGCUCCAGUAGUGAUGGUUUCAGUCUCAACAGUUUUGGCAGCGACAGUCACAACAACGCCAACUCCCAGGUAGAAAGUGGCUUUGAAGAUGACUUUGAUUCGCUGCUAAUGUCAAAUUCAUCGACACCUACAGCUGCAGACCCUUGGUCAGUAGAUACAGUCUCAAAGCGGUCACUAAAUUCUGUACCUUUUGAGUUGAGCAAUGAAGACCCUCGAAGUAAACACAAGGCUGUCAAUGUAACAGUGAGUGUUUCAACUAAACCGACCAUUAUCCGGGCUAAGAAUUUGAAACCGGCAAGGCCACCGCCACCUAAGCUGCUGAGACCUUGUUCAACACCUCCAUCGUUUGUGAGUGCUCCGCUGGACCCACCUUCAGACUGGUCACCCCCACCACCUAACAUGCCACCUCCUCCACCCCCGCCUGAAGCAUUGUCUGGACCUAACCUUCCACCUAGACCCACCAGCUUGGGGCAGGAAGGUGAACAGAAGAAGAAGCCAUACUGCAUAGCUUUGUACAGUUAUGAAACUGGACAUCCAGAUGAUUUGUCUUUUAAGGAGAAUGAUAUAAUUUAUUUGAUAGAGAAAAUAAAUGAUGAUUGGCUCAAAGGGACGCUGAACAACAGUGAAGGCAUGUUUCCUGCCAACUUUGUCAAUGUUGUGGUGCCGUUGGAGGAGAUGUCCACAAGAAUCACAAAUAAUUACAAAUAUGUCAUUGCGCUCUAUACUUUUACGCCCGAAACGUGGGACGAUUUAGCUUUUGAGGAGGGAGACACAGUAAAAGUGUUAAAAAGAAUCAAUGAUCACUGGCUGUAUGGUGAAUGUAAAGGCAAACAGGGUCAGUUUCCAGAGAAUUAUGUCACAGAUGUCUCGUCUUUUUUCCCUUUACAGGAAAAUCACUCGUAGCAAGUAUUUUUUAAUGUAAACCGGGACCUUGUGCCUUAUUUGAUCACUGCUAUUGUGUAGAUAUAUUUAAUUUCAGCAUAUGUGAUAAUUUCCUUUUAGCACAUUGUGAUAACUAUUACUUGACAUUAUUUAGGGAUUAAACACAAUAUUAUCAUUUUAAUCAUUAAAAACAUAUUAUUGAUAUACUUAAGCCUAAAAUAUUAAUUGUUUAGGCGGCCUAUCGGAUUCAAACUGAAUUAAAUAUUUCGCUCAUAGUGGUAAAACACAUUUUCACACCAUAUUUGUCAUCGGGUACAAAAUGUAGUUGGUCUAUUUGAUGUUACCAAUAAUUGUGUGUCUUUUCAAAAGACUUAAUUUUAAAUGUAUUCAGUUAUAAAAUGACACUAUUUAGUUUUAUAAAUGCCAAAAAAGCUUUCAACACUGUUUUAGUAUUUUUUAGAUAUGUUUGUAUUUAUUUGAUAAGGUUUUAUAGUUAGUUAGUUAUAGGGAAGGUUUUCAAAUGACACUUCUUAAGGCUUGUCAACAAUAUAUACCUGUAUUUAUCAGUACAGUAACACAUUCACACCAGCUGAAGAUAAACGAGUGCUUUAGUCCGUUUGUCCUCAAACUUCAAAAUCAAAGCAUUUUUUUAAAACUCUCACAGCUAUGUACGUUUUUUCAAACCCAUUCAUUGCUAAACACAUGCAGGUAAUAGGCCUGGUGCCUAUUUGAGACAUAGAGUUGUUUAAAUUGUUUAACUGUCCAAAGUAUUAUGUGAAUGAACAAUAAAUAUUUCCACCUUGUCAAGCGAGAAUAGGAGGUAGAACUUGACUUUUAGUUUAUGUAAAUUUAGAUACCUUGUGAUGUAUGCAAUUGCCUUAACGUAACAGAUAGACUUGGGAAUUUUAUUCAUAUAGGUUAGUAAUCAAGGAACUAGGAUAUUAGAAACUUUGUUGUCUUGAAAAGUAAAAUCAUUUACUGUCAAAUGUUAUGAACCUCUUGAUCACAACUUUUCAUUUUCUAUUUUUGUAUCAACUUUAGUGUAUGUUCAGUGAAGUUUACUCAUUAAUAUACUUUUAUAGAAAUGUUAGCUACAUUAAAAUUUUGUUUAAAGAAUAUUGAUUCAUUUAAUUUGAUUUCUGUGUUGAUAUCCAGUCUUGGUUUAUCUGUUCUUUGUCAUUGUAAAUGACACUACAUAAAAAAGGCCUUUUUCCAAUACACGUGGAACUCAAGUAGCUUUCUCAUCUCCGAGUUGAGGACAUCAGCUGUUCAUUUGUUAUGCUUGUAAACUUUGUUGAUUUGCUGAAGAAAUUCUCAUUAUUUAACUUAUUAUCAUAUUGUUAUUAAAGUUGAUUUUGAAUU